CAGAUCAGAUGCAGACAGACACAGGACUGAAGAGGAAGAGAUGAGCAGAGUCUCCUCCACACACGCAGGCGUUUACAUUGACCUGAAGGGAAUUCAGCAGGUACGACUGAUAUGAGUCAGUGUGUGGACCAAGAGGAGGGAGUCCCUCCCUCCGUGAAGAGACCUGGAAAUGAACCUGGAACAAAUGUAAAGACUCUCAUCAAGAAGUUUGAACCUGCUGGCGUCACUGAUGGACACCACUCUGAACAAAAGAAGGACACCACAACAGAUCCACCAGGAAUCUACAGAGGACCUUUGAACCUGCCAACCUGCAAGAUGGAAACCACUGAUCCAAAGAUCCACCAUGAUGCAGACUCUCCUGGACCUGGACCCAGCUGUGUGUCCAUGAGGAGUGACCGGUCUAUGCCUCGACCUAUUACGUUUGAAGAUGGAGAGCAUGAUGAUAGUCCAGAGAUCCACCAUCAGAGACCAGACUCUCCUGAAUCCAGCUGUGAUUCUAUGAGGAGUGACCGGUCUAUGCCUCACCCUCUUACGUUUAAAGAUGGAGAGCAUAGUGAUGGACCAAGAGUUCAUCAGCAGAGAUCAGAGGGUCCUGGUGGUCCGUCUGCCCAGCAGCAUCAAACUCACCUGGACUCCAUAUUUAUGCUGCUGGAGGAGAACAUUGUCACUUUUGUGAAGAACGAGCUGAAGAAGAUCCAGACAGUCCUGACUUCAGAUUACCCAGAAUGCUUAGAGAGUCAGAGUGAGGAUGAGGAGGAGUUGGACGAUGAGGAUGAAGAGCAGAGGAGGAGCAGCAGAGAGGCAUUUCUGAACAUCUCACUGCACUUCCUGAGGAGCAUGAAGCAGGAGGAGCUGGCUGAGCGUCUGCAGAGCAGAACUGCUGCUGCAGUCUGCAGACGUAAACUCAAAUCCACCCUGAAGGAGAGGUUCCAGUGUGUGUUUGAGGGCAUCGCUAAAGCAGGAAACCCAACCCUUCUGAACCAGAUCUACACAGAGCUCUACAUCACAGAGGGGGGGUCUGCAGAGGUCAAUGAGGAACAUGAGGUCAGACAGAUUGAAACAGCAUCCAGGAAACCACACAGACCAGAAACAACCAUCAGACAAGAAGACCUCUUUAAAGCCUCACCUGGAAGAGAUGCACCAAUCAGAGCAGUGAUGACAAAGGGCGUGGCUGGCAUUGGGAAAACAGUCUUAACACAGAAGUUCACUCUGGACUGGGCUGAAGGCAAAGCCAACCAGGACAUCCAGUACAUUCCAUUCACCUUCAGAGAGCUGAAUGUGGUGAGAGAGAACAAGUACAGCUUGGUGGAACUUGUUCAUCACUUCUUCUCUGAAACCAGAGACGCAGGAAUCUGCAGGUUUGAUCAGUUGCUGGUCGUGUUCAUCUUUGACGGUCUGGAUGAGUGUCGACUUCCUCUGGACUUCCACAACACUGAGAUCCUGACUGACGUCACAGAGUCCACCUCAGUGGAUGUGCUGCUGACAAACCUCAUCAGGGGGAAGCUGCUUCCCUCUGCUCGCCUCUGGAUAACCACACGACCUGCAGCAGCCAAUCAGAUCCCUCCUGAGUGUGUGGACAUGGUGACAGAGGUCCGAGGGUUCACUGACCCACAGAAGGAGGAGUACUUCAGGAAGAGAUUCAGAGAUCAGGAGCAGGCCGGCACCAUCAUCUCCCACAUCAAGACCUCACGAAGCCUCCACAUCAUGUGCCACAUCCCAGUCUUCUGCUGGAUCUCUGCUACAGUUCUGGAGGAGGUGUUGAAAACCAGAGAGGGAGGAGAGCUGCCCAAGACCCUGACUGAGAUGUACAUCCACUUCCUGGUGGUUCAGUCCAAAGUGAAGAACAUCAAGUAUGAUGGAGGAGCUGAGACAGAUCCACACUGGAGUCCAGAGAGCAGGAAGAUGAUGGAGUCUCUGGGAAAACUGGCUUUUGAGCAGCUGCAGAAAGGCAACCUGAUCUUCUAUGAGUCCGACCUGACAGAGUGUGGCAUCGAUAUCACAGCAGCCUCAGUGUACUCAGGAGUGUUCACACAGGUCUUUAGAGAGGAGAGAGGACUGUACCAGGACAAGGUGUUCUGCUUCGUCCAUCUGAGCGUUCAGGAGUUUCUGGCUGCUCUUCAUGUCCACCUGACCUUCAUCAACUCUGGAGUCAACCUGCUGGCAGAAGAACCAACAACCUCCUGGCUGCCUAAAGUCUUUAUGGACAAACCUAAACUAACACAUCUCUACCAGAGUGCUGUGGACAAGGCCUUACAGAGUCCAAACGGACACCUGGACUUGUUCCUCCGCUUCCUCCUGGGUCUUUCACUGCAGACCAAUCAGACUCUCCUACGAGGCCUGCUGUCAAAGACAGGAAGCAGCUCAGAGAUCAUAAAGCAAACAGUCCAGUACAUCAAGAAGAAGAUAGAAGAGGAUCUGUCUGCAGAGAGAAGCAUCAACCUGUUCCACUGUCUGAAUGAACUGAAUGAUCGUUCUCUAGUGGAGCAGAUCCAACAGUCCCUGAGAUCAGGAAGUCUCUCCACAGAUAAUCUCUCUCCUGCUCAGUGGUCAGCUCUGGUCUUCUUCUUACUGUCAUCAGGAGAAGAUCUGGACGUGUUUGACCUGAAGAAAUACUCUGCUUCAGAGGAGGCUCUUCUGAGGCUGCUGCCAGUGGUCAAAGCCUCCAGGAAAGCCAUGCUGAGUGGCUGUAAGCUGUCAGAGAGAAGCUGUGAAGCUCUGUCCUCAGUCCUCAGCUCCCAGUCCUCUAGUCUGAGAGAGCUGGACCUGAGUAACAACGACCUGCAGGAUUCAGGAGUGGAUCUGCUUUCUGCUGGACUGAAGAGUCCACUCUGUGAACUGGAGACUCUUAAGCUCUCAGGCUGUCUGGUCUCCAACAAAGGCUGUGUUUCUCUGACUUCAGCUCUGAGCUCCAACCCCUCUCAUCUGAGAGAGCUGGACCUGAGCUACAAUCAUCCAGGAGACUCAGGAGAGAAGCUGCUGUCUGCCCUACAGGAGGACCCUCACUGCAGACUGGAGACUCUCAGACUGGACCAUGGUGGAGAGAAGUGGUUAAAACCUGGUCAGAGGAAGUAUUCCUGUGAACUCACACUGGACACAAACACAGCACAAAGACAACUCAAACUGUCUGACAGCAACAGGAAAGUGACACGUGUGAGAGAGAAGCAGCGAUAUCCUGAUCAACCAGAGAGGUUUGACUUCUAUCCUCAGCUGAUGUGCAGAGAAGCUCUGACUGGUCUCUGUUACUGGGAGGUCGAGUGGAGCGGAGGGGUUGAUAUAUCAGUGACUUACAGAGGAAUCAGGAGGAGAGGACGCAGUGAAGAGUCACUGUUUGGAUGGAAUGAUCAGUCCUGGAGUCUGAUCUGUUCUGGUGUUGGUAACUCUGUCUGGCACAAUAAGAGAAGAACCCUCCUCUCCUCCUCCACCUCCUCCUCUGGUAGAGUAGCAGUGUAUCUGGAUCGUCCUGCUGGCUCUCUCUCCUUCUACAGAGUCUCCUCUGACACACUGACCCACCUCCACACCUUCAGAACCACAUUCACUGAACCUCUCUACGCUGGGUUUCGGCUCUGGUCACAUGACUCCUCAGUGUCUCUGUGUUCUCUGUAGGAGGAGACCACUUCCUGUCCUGUGGUCUGAAUGUUGAAGAUAGAGAAGGCUUCACUUUGGUUAACAUUUGGCUCAAUGAUUGUGCGUAAUUGAAGAGGCAUUUAGUUAUUCUGCUCCAUAUAUCUCUGUAACGGAGAUGAUCCCAGGUGACAUAGAUCUCAGACUCCAUUACCCUUUAUAUGGCCUCCUCAUUGGUGAAGCACAUUGUUUGCAACACAUCUGAACAUUGGAUAUGCAUUCCUGGGUCGCAGGAAAAUAUAUGCAGUUAUACAAUAAGUAAUUGGAUAACAGUUAGAUGUAUAUCUUCUGGGGGAUGCUAGUUUUUCUUUCAUACAUGAAUUAUAUAUGGAUUAUUUAAUGUUUGUUAUUUUGCAGUAAUGUUUGUUAUUGUUUAACUUGUCUUCAUCUUAAUUGUAAGCACGUGUCUGACUGUAGCACCCCAAUCAAUGGUACCUCCUAAAUAGUGGGGGUCUAUUGGCGCAUUUCCACCGCAGGCCUCGCUCGACUUAGUACGGUUUUGUUAGGCCUUGUUAGGCCCAGCUCACUUUAA